AUUUAAAGGUGCUGCUAAUUUGCUGGCAUUUUAGUUCGUUAGAAGCAAUCAAAUAACACGAUAAUAGCUGUGAAUUAAAUAGUGCCACAUGGAAUUCUUAAAAUGUGUUUACAAUGAGAAGGAGCAUGUAUGGAGCGGUGUGAAAUGGCCAUUAUUACACGACUUCAAUUGUUCUGUGGGAAAUAUUAUUUACUACAAUUUAAAAAAUUUCCCAAAUAAUAUUUGUCAGGUUUCCGACAUCGAUGGGCGCGAAGUAAGCAAUAAAGAAUUGCUCUCCUGGUCAACACGAUUAGCUGUGCACUUUAAGAAAAUGGGUCUAAAUCAUGACGAUGUCAUUGGCAUUGUGGCCAAGAAUAGCACCUAUUCAAGCUCAUUGGCCGUGGGGUGUUUCAUGAACUGUACGCCCUUCCAUGCUGUAAAUUCAUUGCUUGACACAGACACAAUCUGCCACAUCUUCAACAACACAUCACCAAAGGUAAUAUUCUGUGAUGGUGAUGUUUAUGAGAAAGUCCAAAUCGCAACACGUCAUUUGAAACCGCUAAUUUAUACGCUUACAAAACAUAUUGAUGGUGUAGCGAAGAUUGAAGAUUUACUACAACCAAUUCCAAAUGAAAAUCUUUACAAACCUGAGCCUUUGGUAUUAGGCGGUGAACAGACUAUAGCGAUUUUGUGCUCCUCAGGCACCACUGGCAUACCCAAGAGUGUCUGCAUACCAAAUUAUUUACUCAAAAUAGAGCAUUUGUUCGCUACCAGCGAGGAUGUCAUAUUUACAAACAGCAGUUUAGAUUGGAUAUCCGGUCUUUUCUUCACUUACUACUCGGCGAGCUUAAGUUGUAAGCGCGUCAUUACCAAUAAGCCCUAUACACCCGAAUAUAUGUUGGAGCUGGUGAAGAAGUACAAGAUAACAUUCAUUUUAGCUGCACCACGUCAUGUCGCCGCACUCACUGUCUGUUCCACAGCAACAACGGAAAAUCUCAGCAGCGUACGUUCGUUUCUCGUCGGUGGGGGUUGCAUUAGUUUACCAACAUUAAAUAAACUCAGACAGCUACUCCAGAAUGGCGUAGUUAUUUUUGGCUACGGUUUAACCGAAGCGGGUUUUAUUUCGAUUAAUUCUGGUAACGAAUAUCCCAGCGCUGUGGGUAAGUUACUGCCCGGCGUAAGAGCGCGCAUUGUUGACGAGGACGGUAUAAAUUUAGCCAAGAACGAAAUAGGUGAGGUUUAUGUGAAUACCGGUUACACUUGGAACGGUUACUAUGGCAACCCGAUUGAGUCGAAACGUAUGCAGGAUUCGGAAGGCUGGUUCCAUACCGGCGAUUUGGGUUAUUUCGAUGAUGAUAAUAUGUUGUAUGUAGUCGAUCGUAAAAAGGAUAUACUCAAGUAUCAGGGUAUGCAUUAUUGGCCUGCUGAAAUUGAGCAGGUUAUCCAGGAGCUGCCGGAAGUUAUGGACGUUUGUGUGGUGGGUGUUUAUGAUGAGCGGAAUGGUGAUGCCGCCGGCGCUGCUGUAGUGCUCCGAAGGGAUGCCGAGUUAACGCCGCAACAGGUAAAGGAUCAUGUACGGAAAAGAUUGCCUGCGGAAUACAAGCAACUGCAUGCUGGUGUUAUUUUCAUUGACCGAUUGCCGCAAAAUAACAAUGGCAAAACGCUGAGGAGAGAAGCUAGAUCGUUGUUCGAGGUAAAGUGCUCAUAACUUGUCGUAAUUAAGUUUAACGAAUUUGGACCGAGAGUCCUUAAAACUAAUGGAUAUUUUAUUGUUAUUUAACUGUAUUUUAUUGUCAUUUAACUAUCAUUUUAUUGUCAUUUAACUGUGAUUU